CGAUCUUUAAAUCCAUCGCCCAGACUUCGCCAUCUGGCUGAGAACCAAUUAAUGAUUCAAGGGGAGGUCUGACGGCGUCCUAGUGAAUAAUCAUCGUGCUGAAUAUGGAAUUAGCCAAAUUUGCAAUCUUUGCAGUCAUUCUGUACGCUCAAAUCUACGGGUCAUUUGGAUCUCCGGAAGAUGACCGGGAUAUCUGGUCUGUGGAAAACUGGCAGGACCCGUCGGAUAGCGGUAUUGCCAUUCGUUUUGCUGAUCUGAUGAAAAGGUCGAAAUCACAGCAGUUCCAUGGGCUAAUGGGCAGAAGUUCUGGUGUUCCUCAACCUGUGCAUCUUGGACGAAAAAGGAAUAAAGGGGAAAUGUUUGUCGGACUCAUGGGCAGAAGGUCUUCUAGCGGAGAACUACAAGAGGGAUGGAACAAACCUCAGACAUACUACUAAGGAAAGACGCAAAGGACCUCAAAUACUUGAAGCUACAGUUCAUCCCUUUCACUCAAAAAAAUUUAUUUCCAGGCCAUGCAAGCCACCUGUUUAAAAGGCCUUUGAAAAGCAUUCCUGAGAUGGGCCUAUUUGGUGUGUAUCGAGCAAUUUUUGUGGACAUCAAAACCAAUUGAUCCAGACAUUGUCAUCAAACUUCAACUGAUGACACGCAGUGAUGAAUGGCUUGGUCUACAUUUAUACCUAAUAACAAUACUAAUACUAGUAAUAAUCUUAAUUAUAUUUCACUAUACAAGAAAGGUUUCUGUAGAUUUAAUUUUACACUUUGGUCAAAUGUUUUCUUUUAAUAUGUAAGUUACAGACACAUCUUCUCAAAUUGUUCACAUUUUUAGCAUCACUGUUGUAUCAUAAAUUGUUUUAAUCUCAUCAACAGAUUGAAUACUGAUGUUCCACCAAAAUAAAAGCAUAAUUGUGUUCUCCAUA